UCUCCUAUUAUAUUCCCACGCUCGCUUUCAUCAAAAAGAGCCCAACACAUAAACCAAAAAUUUCAUUCAUAGUUUUCAGUUUUUUUCACUCAUGGCAUUUUCAACACAUGAGCAACAACAUCAACUAUUAUCAAACCUUCACGGUGGUGCCACGUCAGCACCACCACCAACGCCGUCAAAUAACACCAGCAACCUCCUCUCAUCUUCCGAUGCCGCCGACGCACUCUCACGUCUCCUCCACCGUCUCCCGCCAAAUCUCUCUCUCCCGAACCGCCGCUCUCCUUCAUCCUCCACGUCUCCUCCGUCUCUCUCUUUUUCUUCAUUAACUCCAAACGAACUUCUCUCUUCUGUUUCCAAGUCCGGUUUCGUUCAACUAACCGAUCACUCGGUUUCCUCCAAACUCGCCAACUCGGCCGAGUCGGAAUCGCUUAAACUAUUCGACCUUUCUCGUGACCAAAAGGAAUCGUUCUUCCCUCAAAACUGGCCUUUAGGUUACGAAGGCGGCGAUAAUGACGACGAUGACGGAAUCACCGAGUCGUUCCGGUUGGCGUUGUCGUGCUCAACAGUCUCGGACGAGUUAAAACUGGAUUCCCUGAACGAGUUCGCACGCGCGCUUGAGAAGGUGGGUUUGAAUAUCAUUGAUGUGUUGACGAAGGGUUUAGGAGUUGUGAAUCCGGUUGAAGAGGACCCAACCCGGUUCAGUUCGAUUAUGUGGAUUUCGGAGUGUUUAGCCGGAAAUAAACCCGGUUCAAGAAGUGGGUUUUACCCGUUUAUUAUUGGGUUGCAGUAUCAGAUAAGGUGCCAGAAGCACUCUUUGUUGUCGGAUUCAAGUGGAUGGAUUUCUGUAUUACCACACGUGGACUCCAUCUUAGUUACUGUUGGUGAUAUUGCUCAGGUGUGGAGCAAUGGAAAGCUAAAGAAAGUGAGAGGCAGACCAAUGGCAACAUUGGGAGAUGAAAACGAUUCACGUUGCAUAACAAUGUCAUUGUUGAUAACUCUUCCUACAGAGAGCAAUGUAGCUCCACUUCUUCCCAUUGGCAUCAAAGACAAAGUUGAAGACGCAGAUGAAGAAGAAAGCGACAUUGGUGGUGAAGUCCAAAAGAAGGUAUUCAACAACAUUGAUUUUGAGGACUAUGCUUGGAGAGUUUAUCAUGAAUGUCUGUUGUUCAAGGAUCCAUUGGAUAGGUAUCGUGUCACUCAAUAGUUGGAUUUGAAGUUGCAUUUCAUUUCACUAGUUGAUAAUGUUGUUGUUUUAUUUUUUCUACCUAUAUGUGAGUUUUUUCUGUGGGAUUUAUGAAUGUCUAUGAGCUUUUUAAUUUGGAUGAUAUGAAAACGGGAGACUUUAGAUUUGAGAGGAGUAAAGUGAUGAGAUGUAUAUGCUCCAUUUAUUGAUUUGAUUCAUUUUGAAGAGCUUUUGUGAACAUUGUCACUUAUUUUGUUAAAGAAUUUGUGACUUUGUGUUGUGAGCAACUCA